AUGGCCACCAUGUUUGCUUUCGUGACAGGCUAUGCCGACGUCAUCAGCAUGCUGCGGUACAAAUGCUUUUCCAGCAUGAUGACGGGGAAUGCCAUCAUGUUCGGGCGGGCCAUUGCGAAUCCGGGAUCAGCUUUCGAUGAAGGCCCAUUCUACUACAUCGUCAUCAUAUUCGCCUUUGCUUCCGGCGCCGUCCUGCAGCGCGUUAGCGAGCACUUCUUCCCAAACAGAGGAGGUAGCAUUGUUGCACUUCCCUUGGCGAUAUUGUUGGUUAUUGCCGAAGUUCUUGAACUUCACAUGCCCUCCGAGCCAGAUUGGACAGUGGCCGGCGUCGCACACUUGUUCGGCGUUGUGGCUUCUGCCUGCAGCACGGGACGCAUGGGAACCCAUACAACUAUGGUUACAGGUCAUAUCCUGAGUUUGGCAAACCACCUCUCCAACCUCAUGCUCACUGGCAGUCUGACGGCGCAGGACACAUGGAAAGCAAUCAUGGCGGUGAUGAUCCUU